CCGGAAUCGUCGUUUUCGCCACCUGGGCAGGAUCGGACCACCUCGGCUCAGCGAGAGCCAUCCACGCCAAGCGUACCGGCCCCGCAAGCAUGGUUCUUCCAUGGCGGCCGGCCAACACACCCAAUAAACCAAGAAGCAGCGCGCCAAGCUGCAAGGUAGCCAGCACAUCGCACGACGCUUUCGCCACCGGACGAAGCGACAUUAUCACCAACCGCCGUUGCUGUACGGCACGAGUUGCGAUGGCGGCCGGCUACACUCACCACGAACACCAACCCGCUGGAGCGGAUUCCAGCAACUCUCGCCACGGAGACGUCACAUCGUCGUCCAAACACAAGCAGCGUUGUUCGGGUUACAGCGGUCAUCACGAGAACCGAAACGACCCAGCGAGCUGUCCUCGCACUCUACCGGUCACGGUGGAGCCUCACGCAUCUGCACGUCAGUCGAGUGGACUCCUGGCCUCGCACGGGGAACGAGCCGCCGGCGUGAGAUCCAGUCUUCACUCUUUAGAAGAGUCGCCAGUCGAGUGGACUCCUGGCCCAAGCUCGGGGGAAUCGAGCGCGUUCCUGGAGCAUCUGUAAAGAGGAACAAGGCCUCGCCGUGUGGGUUCGUGGAACCCCGCGGCUGGGACAUGAUUACAGGCAAGUACCCAUUGUGUUCCUCUCUUACCAGACCCUCAGUCGCCCAUUCUUUCCAGCAACAACCACACCAGCUGAAGAAUGCCGCCCGACAAUCCACCAGAUCGCCAGAACCGUCAAUCCAACCCAGCAGUUGUACGAGGAGCAUCUGUAGUCAGCAAAAAGCCUCGUCACGUGGGUCUGGGAGACAAACUGGACCCCGUGACUGAGACUUAACCCAAGUUAAGUACUCGCUUACCGUACCAGCAGCCCCUGCGCUCACCUCUUCUCGUUACAGUUUGCCACCACUUGGACAUCUACCGCCGGCUCGACGUCGGCCACUGGAAGCUGUAGCGGGAAAACAACGAAGAAGAUGCUUCAACCUGACUACCACAAGUGAUCGUCAUCUACUUGACCACCACAUGUCUCGUCCAUAUGUGUCGAUUCGCGGUUGCGUCCGUGAAAACCCUAAUUUCAUUGGCGGCCGGAAUGUUUAAUACUAUGUGUCUAGUUUUGUAAUGAAAUUUGAUGUUUUGCAACCCUGACAA